CUGAUAAGUGUUUAGAUAGCUAUACUCAAUUUAAUAGAUUAUUAAAAAACAGUUGAACUGGCGUCAGUUUUUUCUCUCACCGACGGAAAGUAAGCGCGAUCCGUAGAUACAUGUUGUUAAAAAUUAGUGUCCUCGUUUUCGGACUUUACGUUAUAUACGCGAGGUCCGAUAUCGAUUUUGUAGAUUGCGGUUAUGGAACAGCAGUUGAAGAAGUGCUCAUCGAAAAUUGUACAUUGUCUCCAUGUGUAGUGCACAUAGGCGAAGCGAUAGGAAUAAAAAUGAUUCUUGACAAAGUUCCCGUAUUGGAUGAGUUACAUGUAGGUUCCUAUGUGACGAUAUUUGGCCAGAAAUUCUAUGAGGUCAACGUGUUCACUACGAAGCCAUGUAUAGUCGAAUGUCCGCUUAGUCAAGAGCUGCGCAAUGCGAGUUUCGAUGUAGCCGUUGUGUUUGGAACUAAUCUCGUACGGAGACCUGCAAUCCUGAUCAUUAACACAACUUACGUUAGCGACGGAAAAGAGGAACGGGGACUUUGCAUCGAAUUUGAAGUGGACAUAUUCUGACUGUAUGUAAAAUUGUGACAAUAAGUAAAUUUAUAUAAGAAAUUUGCCGUAUGUUACAUUGUAUAAGUGAAAGACUGUUUUUGUAUUUUUUUUGUACUACUUAUAUGUCAAAUUAUACGAUUAAUCAUAAAUUUUUUGUUUAGGUAUAAUAUAUAACCGCAUUUGAAAUGAAACUUCGACUAAUGUAUCAUACAUUUACUUUUACAUUUCGCUAACAAUUUGGAUUUAGCCUACGUAAAAUAUCACAUGAUUUUCCCAAUUAACAAAAAAAAAACGAACGGGGUGACUUAGUCAGCUCAAAAUCCAUCUUAUUAUCUCAAGUCAAAUAUCUACAGGACCCGUUAAAAUGGGACUAUCCAAUAACUUAUAUGUCAUAUACCGAGUGAAUGAUGGUCGAGGAUAGGUUAGACGAUUUCUGAGGGCCCAAAAUAGAUAAAACUUUGGUCCUUAGAUUUUCAAGUCUGCUGUAUCGAACUGUAUUCUAACAAUAAUAUAUGACAACAUCGCUUUUUCAAAUUGCAUACAUCUUUAGAUUAACUGCUUUCAUCUGCUUAUUAUUAAUGCCGAUACUUAUAGCGAGCUAGUGUUGUUUUCGAAAUAUUGGUUAUUUUCCUUUUUUUCAGAUACAAAACAUUAACUUAACUGUCAUUUAAAUCCACAGAAAGCUAAAAUUUCGGUUCAAAGUUGCGAAAGGUUAGACUUAUCUAGAGCAAUUUGAUCCAUUGUAUGCAGGAUUGUUUAAAAUUAAUGAUCCUGACAUAGCACACUAAAAUGGUCAAAAACUUUAUUUGUCCAAAUAGGCACCGCGUAUGUUAUCGUCAUCUUUUCUUGUUCCGUCUUUUCAUAAUUAAAAAAAGUUGUUGGUCUACAUGAUUCUUGUUAAGAUCGUUUCAUUGGUAAUGUGCUGGCUCCACGAUAUUCUAAGCACAUUUCAAAAGCUUCCAAUUGUGGCAUUGAAUGGACUCCCAGCGCUCCGGAUAGAUGUAUUGAGUAAACAUAAGCUGGCACAAAUCUGUCUCUGAAAUUCACAAGUUUUGUAGUACUUUCUAAAAUAUUUGGAGAGAGUAUGCAAUAAUUGGGUACGCUGCUGGUUAAUUUAUCUACUAUUGUCAAUUACUAUGGAUGGUUUGUUCCCAACAUAAAUUUGUAAUUACAUUGAUGUCACAUUGGUUGACAAUCCAGCAAAUUUAUCAGCUCUGUACGAUUUACUGCGUCGAAAGCUUUUUCAUAGUCGAUAAAACAUUUUGUGAUUGGUCUCUACAUUUUUGAAACAAUACAUUAAGCUCAACAGCGAAUCAAUAGUUCCAUGGACCAAACGAAAACCAAAUUGUUUUCCAUAUCGACCACAUUUUGUGUCUAUACUCUUUUUCAUUUUUGAUGAAUCUUUUUAUGAUCUAUCGUUAAUAUUAAAAUUGUUUUUACAAUUUUAAAGUGUUUUCGUAAUGUAAAUAUUGAAAAUGGCAAAUGAUGAAAAAAAACGAAAUCCAGAAGAUUUUUAAAUAGUAUGCCAAAUUCAAAUCUUAGCGAAAUGUCUGCGAGUUUUAAUCGGUAUUCAAUAAGCGGACCGAUGAUAUUUUGAAACAAUUUCAAACAAUGAUCACAAAAUUCAAUGAAAGCAAUUAUUGUUAAACAAUAUGGUAAUAUGAUUUGUAAAAUUAUCGAAAUUAUCCCGAAAAUGUAACUUCUUAGGUAUACCAUUAUUCUACAUUAUUUUAUAGGAAAUCUUUAAAUUUUAAAUAAUAUACAGGGUCUCAUUUUUGCCAAAAUAAUACUGUGACCAUUUUGCGUACUAUAUCAGCAUCAUUAAUUUUAAACAACCCUGUAUAUCGUGAAAUAAAUAUAUCUAGAUGAAUAUAGUAUAUGGUGCUUUCGCAAACUGCAAAAUUCCCGCAUUCAUUGAAAAAUUGGCAGGUAAGUUAAAGUUUUGCCGAAAAAAAAAUAUUUCGAAAAUCGCCAGGUUCAAAAUUCCAAGUAUUGGAAUUGUUAAAAAGAAUCUUUUUGCAUUUCGAAAGCUUCCAACCUACCAUCGAUAUCAAGAAAUCGUUCCUGUUGUAGAAUUUUUAGAUUAUAACAUGGUUUAAAAAUCGAAAAUAUCUAACAAAUUCGAAAUAAAAAUUAACUACCAAAUUUUUCAGAAAUGGCCGUUAUGUCACCAUCUUGUAAAAUGAGUGCUAAUCUUUUUACACCUAAACCAUAUUAUGUACAACAUGUUCGCUACUUGGAUUCACAGUAUAUAAAAAUUAUUUACAACAACUAUUAUAACAACAAUAUUUUACACAGUUAGACAGUAUUUCUUUGUAACACACAUAACGAUCCUGGUGAGAGUUUAUUAAUACGUUUGAAAAAUGAAAACAUCUACUAACAAAACUAACCAAAACUAACCAAAACUAACCAAAACAUCUACGUAUUGCCCACAGUAUUGGAAAAUAUAUUUUAAGUCAAAUAUUAUUUUGUUUAAAAAUAAAAGAAAAAUCUAAAAUGUGUAAUGCCGGUGAAGACUGUUAAUUUGCUAGAUGGUACAUUAUAAAUAAAUCGUAUAUUAAAUGGGGUGUUAACUAUUUGCUCAGCAUACGGUAGUAACCUCUAAUCAAUCUUUGUUUCACCUGUAAUAACUUAACUAUAUUUUGUUUGCGGUAAGAAAACACACUAAUUGCAAAUUUUAUAUUGCUAGGAACUUAAAGGAUCCUUGCAGCAGUAGCAUCCAAUCUCCGUGAAAGAUAAGGAUAAGAAAACAAAAUUUUUGAAUUUGAUAUUCUUAUAGAAAGCAACUUAAACUUAGUUAAAUAAAAUUUUUAUCAUACUUUGCUGCUUUUAGGUAAAAAAAUGAUUUUUCAAGUUGGCACUCUUCACCGACGAUGUUAGUCUAAAGAAUGCAAACUAAUCUUAAAAUGACAAAUCCAAAAUCCCCUCCCGAUAUUGUAUUGGUUUCAGUUUACUAAAUAAUAGCAAUAAAUCGAUGUACACUUGGAUUGGUGACUCAUAUAAUACUCGGCAAAAUUGGUAGUGUAGUGUAGACCACCGAUUUACCUUGCAAAUUUGAUAUGUUCUAUCGAUCUACUAAAGGUUGUAAAUACGUCCUAAUAUGGGGAUUGACAAUGUGACAUCAUAUACCGCUUUAAUUACAGAUACCGCAAAAAUACUGAUAUUUACAAAUAUAUAUAUAUAGAUUAACGUCAGUCUAAAAUUACAAUGUCCAAAUUACCAUACAGGAUACGGCUUAUGGCGAGACUGCAAGGAAGAACAUCGUGAACUGUUACAUACAUAUGUCUUCGGGAUAUGUUUUUGUUAGAAACGUUAAAAAUAAAUUAUUACUCCGUUCCAAAUUGUUUAGAAUAGAUUUAGAAAGGAAAUUUAUUUUCAAUAAUAAUAUUUCAUACUGCUUCAGCAUCAAAAAUAAGUUUUUGCAAUUACCUACUUAUGAUCUUUCAACGUCAUAGUUGGGUGAUGAAUUUCUGAUACUGCUAUAAUUUUUUAAUUUUUUUUACUAAUAUUUACAACUCUUCUUUAUUCUUCCUUCUCAGAGUUUAACUGCAACCAUUUCAGUUUAAGACCUUAAUAGAAACUGUUCCAGUUAAGCUCUGAAGAAGCCAACCGGAUGAUUGGCGAAAUGUCAGCAACUAGCCGACGCAGGAGGAAUCCAGAAGAUUUGGAAAAAGUAAGCAAUAAUCAUAAAAAUUGUGAAACAAUCCUGUAUAGUAGGUCGCUGAAAUCAUCGUCAAGGGGAAGGAGAAAAUUAAGAGAACCAGCAGUCAACGACUAAAGUCUCAAGUGUUCUAGCAUAAAGCUCAGUAUUCACCUGAAGACGAUUGAAGAUCUUGACCAGUUGAAAUGUUGUGCAAAUAAAUAAUAAAGACAAUGGAAGUAUAAAUAUUUAUGUAAUGCUCAA